UCUCCGGGUGUACAGUCUCCGGACCCCACCCUCUCACCUCGGGAGAAGCAGUUCCCGGGGUAGGGAGAACUGGGUUUUGCACUUGGCACCGCUGGGACCUGGGCAUCCCCGGACUCCGAGUCCUUUGAAGCGGUCUUGUUCGAGACUACAUUUCCCAGAAGGCCGCGCGGAGAUUGAAAGCUGCACCAGCCUAUGGACAGACAAGGCUUCUGGUCGCCGAAACUGAGCAGCCAAUGGCAAUGAAACAGGGGCGGUGUCUUCCGGCUGCGAGCGGUCGAGCGCAGAGUCCCACCUGUGUCCCCACAGCCCUGUCACGAAUCCCGGUCGGGUUCCAGAAGGGACCGCCUCGGCUUUGUGGGCCGGGAGCGGCUCGGCGGUGGAGGACUCUCACUUUCUGCUCCAUCCCGGAGCCGGGCCGGAUUUCCAGACCAAGUGUGAUUUCCCAGCUGGAGCAGAAAGAACCGUGGACGCUACCGCUCCAAAAUUUCGAGGCAAGAAAGAUCCUACGGGAAAGUCACACAGACUUUGAGAAUCAGGUGACCAAACUCAGUCGGGACAUUUCAGAAGCAGCAGAACGGUGUGGAACAUCCUCAGAAAGGGCCAAUAAGGAUAUUUCUCCUCCUCCUAGCUGGGGAGGAAACUGGGAGAGGGACCUUGAGUUAGAAGGGGAACACGGGACCCGCCCGGGAGAGGGCCAGCCAGAGCCCUUUCCGCAAGAGAAGGAUUUAAACGAGCUCCUGGAUGGAUACGCAGGAAAGAAGCCCAUGUGUGCAGAGUGCGGGAAAAGCUUUAACCAGAGCUCCUAUCUCAUAAGACACCUACGAACCCACACUGGCGAGAGGCCUUAUAAGUGCAUCGAAUGUGGGAAAGGCUUCAAGCAGAGUUCAGACCUUGUCACCCAUCGCAGAACGCACACGGGAGAGAAACCCUACCAAUGCAGCGGCUGUGAGAAAAAAUUCAGCGACAGCUCUACACUCAUCAAACAUCAGAGAACCCACACAGGCGAGAGACCCUACGAGUGCCCCGAGUGUGGGAAGACCUUUGGGCGGAAGCCACACCUCGUCAUGCACCAAAGAACCCACACGGGAGAGAAGCCCUACACAUGUCUCAAAUGCCAUAAAAGCUUUAGCCGAAGCUCAAACUUCAUCACCCAUCAGAGGACCCACACGGGCGUGAAGCCUUACAGGUGCAGCGACUGUGGGGAGAGUUUUAGCCAGAGCUCAGACCUGGUGAAGCACCAGCGAACCCACACGGGAGAGCGGCCCUUCAAAUGCGCAGAGUGCGGAAAGGACUUCCGAGAUAGUUCUCACUUUGUAGCGCACAUGAGUACCCACUCGGGGGAAAGGCCUUUCAGCUGUCCUCACUGCCGCAAAAGCUUCAGUCAGAGCUCACACCUGGUCACGCACCAGAGGACACACACAGGUGAGAGGCCGUUCCAGUGUGACAACUGCGGGAAGGGAUUCGCCGACGGCUCUGCCCUCAUAAAGCACCAAAGGAUCCACACGGGGGAAAGACCCUAUAAAUGUGGCGAGUGUGGGAAGAGCUUCAACCAGAGCUCCCACUUCAUUACCCAUCAACGAAUCCACGCAGGAGACAGGCCCUAUCGCUGUCCCGAGUGCGGCAAAACCUUCAGUCAGCGUUCCCAUUUCCUCACACACCAGAGAACCCACACAGGGGAAAAACCUUUCCACUGCAGUAGGUGUGACAAGAGCUUCCGCCAAAAAGCACAUCUCUUAUGCCAUCAAAACACCCAUUUGAUCUAGGAAAUGGUCCGCUGCCCCUUCCAGAUUUUCUUUUCUCUUGUCUCCAAGUGCUCCAUGUAGAGAAAGCCUGAACCUGGGCAUCAGAGGCUCAGGUUGGGCCCCGGUCUGUCCUCCGUCUUCUUCCCCGCUUUAAUGGUGGAGAUCAACUCAUAGGCACCAAAUAAUAUCCUGAACACAAAAGGCAUUCCUUCAGUGUUUUUGACCGACCUUAGGGGUGAGUUUGACGGUUGAUGCUUGGUAAGUAAAAGAGAAGUGAGAUAAAUGUGGCCACAUUAUCACUGUUAGUGAAUAAUAUUUGAGAUCUUAUCAUAAGCCCUUAAUACCGUAUAAUGGCUGGCCCUUAAAACGCGCUCAGUACGAAGUUGGUUGCGUUUAACUAGUCUCAUAACUUGAUAAGGAAUCCGUUAGUGCAGCCCCGCAAGCCCAGAACUUGCCAGAAAUGAGAUUGCCACUAGAAGAUUUGGGGUGUGAACACAGAAAACAGAAAACACUCUCCCAAUCCAGGGCUGUGCAGACAUUAGUCACCAGAUGUCUCAUUGCCAUGACGAGGCAGAAUUCUCGAAGAGGAUGUUUGUGGUCCUGUGAUUUAGAGGCUGAAAGAAUUUCAGAAGCUCUUUGUACAGCCGUGUAUGAGGUACUCCCACUGGAGGUUUGCUGUCAUCUGAGGCGCAAAUAUCCCGCGACGAACAAGCCCAAGGGACCUGGAAGGGGACUAUAAAACUAUGGGAGCAACACUGCUGUUAAAUAUUACAGGGAUCCUUCCUGGCAUUUAGCUGAAGGAAACAACUCCUGUCUUUGAAUCGCCUGGGUCAUUGGCCCGUGAGUUUUAAGUUACUGUGACUCCCUAAUGUUUUUUUAAGAGUCAUUCAUUUGAUGCACCAGUACAUUUCUGUAUUUAACUGAAAUAAAUUGAGGGAAGGCAGUGUGUUGGAAAGAACACUGACUUCCUUGAGAAGGUGAGGUGUUUGAGACCCGGCCCUGACAUUUAAUUUGGCCGGACUUUACCUUCUCUCAGCCUCUACUUCACCUACCUCACAAGAUCGUUGUGAGGCUCUAAUGCGCACACAUGCACACACACACAAGCACUUUGUUGUUAAAUUAUAAAGUAAUAAUAUCUCUAAA